CUAAUAACGUAAGAGAAAUAACCUUGACAUAUAUACUUUCUUUUCUAGCUAUAUAUAUUCCCCUUCACCAAAUUUUAAUCUUUUUUUAUAAUAAACAAACCCAAAAAAUAUAUCUCAACCUUAUUAGCCAUAUCAUAUGAUGGAGGAAGAAGAGAAUAUUCAUGAAGGAUAUAAAGGAAAAAAUGUUGAAAUUAGUAGCAUGAGUUGUUUAGAGUUAGAGACAUCAUCAUCUCAAAAUUCAAGGAAGAAAAACAAGAAGGUAGAAAAUAAGAGAAGGUUUAGUGAUGAACAAAUAAGAUCACUAGAAUGUAUAUUUGAGUCAGAAUCAAAGUUGGAACCAAGGAAGAAGAUUCAACUUGCAAGAGAUCUUGGUUUGCAACCUAGACAAGUUGCUAUAUGGUUUCAAAAUAGAAGAGCUAGAUGGAAAUCAAAAAGGAUUGAACAAGAUUAUAGAAAACUCAAAGAUGAAUAUGAUAAUUUAGCUUCUAAGUUUCAGUCUCUUAAAGAAGAGAAAGAGUCUUUGCAAUCAGAGGUUCAGAAGCUUAGUUAUAUGGUGGAAACAUCUCAUGAUUGUGGUGGAAGGGAAGCUAAGGAACAUAGCACAGAAGAUGGUGGUUCAGGAAAUGGAUACAGCAAUUGCAGGGUUGAAACAAAGCAAAGGUUUUCAAAUGAGGGUUUAGAGGAUAGAAUGGUAAUUUACCAAGAUGAUCAAAAUGAAAGGAGCACUACAAGGAUAGAAGACAGAGGAAAUCAAGUUUUGAGAAUUGAUGAUGAUGCAGAAAUUCCAUUGACAACACUUGAAAAAUGGUACAAUGUUGAUCCAACUAGUAUAUUGGACCAAUCAUGUAACAAUUCUCAAUGGUUGGAUUUUUGGACUUGACAAUUGCACCAUAAUGUUCUAUGUUGCAUGUUUGGUUGUUCCUAGAACAAGGAACAAAGAAAAGAAUGGUUCAAAUUUCAAAACAUGCAAGCUCAAGCAGAAUGUCCAAGCUCAAAAAAUGAAGUUUUGUAGGCUUGAUUUGAUAGGUAGAGAAUUAUGAUAGCCUCACUCAAUUUUCAUUUGCUUAGAGAUUUGGAAGAAGAAAUAAUGUGAAAAGUUCUCUCUUUUGUGCAAUGCAUAUGCUUGCAUGCCUUUUACGUGUAUGUUUGGUAUCACGGUAAGUAUGUCAAAAUCACGUCGAUCCACCGUGGUUUUUCCGAAGCUACAGAGUGUAGCUUGUGAAAAAUCAAGGUGGAUUGCCGUAAUUCUGACAUACCCACCGUGAUACCAAACAUAGGCUAUAUCCAUUAGCAUUUGUUAGUGUGAGUGUGUGUUUUUCUAUUUCUAGUUUUCAAGGGGUUUAAUUCUAAAACCUCUUUUCUAUUAUUCUUAUAUUUGCUUCUUUUAUCACUUUAGCUACCAUUUGUUAACUUGUAUUAUCAUUGUAACAUAUGACUUGAACACACACAUAACAUAGGUGUAAAAUAAAUAUUGUAAGUAAUGAUCCAUUAAUAAAUGCAGCUGAUAAAUAAUCAACUUUGUAUUUCAA